AUGGCAAUAACUAAAUUUCUCACCAUUGCUUUCAUUUUGCUUGGAACAGCUCUGUCUAAAAAUCCGUUUAAGCGUGAUAACAAGACUGAACCUAAAAAUAAUACUAUUCCCGAUAACUAAACUAUUCCAGUCAACGAUUCUGCAUCUGGAAACAAUACUAAAAAUUAAAACAAGACUCUUCCAAAGGAACUACUUAAGUUUAACAAAAAUGGCAAGUUUAAGAUCAUUCAAUUUACAGACACUCAUUUCGGUGAAUUAGCAGAGAGGGAUUAAAAUUCCUAAGAGUUGAUGAAGAAAAUUAUGGAUUAUGAAAAGGCAGAUUUAGUUGUAGUCAGUGGAGACAUGGUCUCAGGUUAUGCAUGGGAUGGCUCCAAGGGUUGGUACGAGCAUCAUUAUAGGUAGUUCUUAUAGCCUAUGAUUGACAAGAAUAUGAAAUGGGCUGUGACUGCAGGAAAUCACGAUGAUGAAGUUGAUAUUACAAAAGAAGAAAUGUCAGAACUUGACAGAUCUCAUGAUUUAAGUUACACUCUACCUAAUUCAGGCAAUAUCUCAAAGGUGUUCAACUACUUGCUACCUAUUUAUGAUUAAUCAGGAAAGAACAUCAUGUAUAGACUCUGGUUCUUAGAUUCUGGCAAUCUUCAUUGUUAAAACUUUGAUGGCUACGAUUGCUUUGAAUAAGACUAAAUUGAUUGGUUUAGAUCAGAAAAUAGUAAAAUAAAGGAUGAUGACAUAAGCAAGGGUAGAGCUAUAGCAAUAUUCCACAUUCCAUUAUAUCAGUUUAUGCAUUUACUCAAGCCAGGCAACCAUUUUUAUGGUUAUUAACAAGAACCUGUAUGUUGUCAGGGUUUGGACACUGGUCUUUUUGCUGCUAUUAAAGAACAAAAAUCAGUAGAAUGGAUAACAUGUGGCCAUGAUCAUAACAAUGAUUAUCACGGAACUUAUGAUGAUAUAAAUCUUUCUUAUGGUAGAAAAACUGGCUAUGGUGGAUAUGGACCAAAGAAUAUACAGAGAGGGGCAAGAAUAUUUGAAAUUACACUUGAACCUUACUCCGUUAAAACUUGGAUAAGAGAAGAGAAUGGAAACAUUGUGAAUCAUACUUAACCUCAUAGCUACCCCUCAUUCUGGCCGGCUUAGCAUAAAUGUUGUCUAGCUAAAGUUAUGGGUCAGGUCACUGCCAACUAUGAGGAAAACAAGAAAUAACACCUUCUUUAAGAAUUCUAUGAUUGA